AUGUAUCAGAUGGCUCCUUACAGGCGACAGAAACGAGGUUUCGGGUGGCAAUAUGACAACUACCCGGCUUUUGAUAUAGCAGCAAACUUCGGUGGUGUGGGCGGAUACGGGUGGAAUAGCGGCUUUGACACCCAGUACCACGACCUGCCGGGCACUGUCGAACAGGCAACACGAUCGCAUGUAGAGGCACAAAACGAAUUUGAAAAGGCAAAGGGAAAACAUGAAGAGGCCAAAAAGAAGUACGAAGAAUGCGAGAAGAAGGGUAUGUCGCAUCCAUACGAACUGCACGUAAGGCGUAGACUGAUCAUACCGCUUUUCCAGUCAAAGAAGCAGAAAAAAUGCUAA